AUGCUCCAAUCAGCAAAGCUGGUGCAAGUGUUGAAAGUAUUGCUCUUUGGCAAAUCAUCGUUGGCUGCCACAGGUGCUGCAUCUUUGAGGACAAAGGCCAAGAUCUGGAAACUAUGGGCUAUGACACCAGGUAUGAUUGCUGCUGCUGCUGUUGUCGCAAUAUUCCUACUUUCCGGUGACACAGAACUGACUGAGAUUGGGGAGACUACUAAGAUAUCAUAUCGUGAAUACCACAACUUCUUCCAUCAACGCCUACUAACUGGAGGCUCCUGGGCACAUCAGGUUCUCUUAUUCUUCAACAAUGCUCUCUUCUCAACUUCAUCCUCUGUCCCUCCUCCUGCCAAUGACAAUGGACCAGGCCACACAUAUGAAGAAGAGUUCAAGCGUGCCAUGGAACAGGAGCUCGAAGGCCCGGUCUUCAAUGCAGAUGUCGUUGGUCCGCUAUUACCAAACCUGCGGACCAUUCAUAUCCCACACGAUUCACUACUCUCAGACUCUGAAGAUGAGGCUCAUCCUCUUGCAGCUCCAAAUCAUCCUCCUGCAGCUCCAAAUCAUCCUCUCAUGACAGCUCCCACUAUUGUAGCCCCACCUGUUCCAGCUCCUUCAGAGUCUAUAUCUACCAUGAUGGGGGGCCUUAAUCUGGGGCCUCAAGAUGCCCAUGUUGGAGUUGAACAUUUAGGUCCCGCAGAAAUUAAUGAUGCAUGCCCCAAACCAAAACCAAAACCAAAACCAAAGCCCCGACGCAAAGCCCAGACAGCUGAUAAUCUUGUCAUUGGCGAAGGUUUCACUGUGGAUUCUACUCGUUCGGUUGUUGGGAGCAUCAACACUCAGACUACAUGGAGGUCUGGCCAAAAGGCCAAAUAG